UGCAUAUAGGAUUAUAGGAAGUACACAAUACAGUACACGUGAUGUCAUAUUUUCUGCAAAAAACCGAACAGAAAAUGUUAUAAAAAAUAAAUGUGACAAUGUUUUCGAGUUUGUGCAAGUUUAGAAUAUAAUUUAUUCUAUAAUCAUUUUUCUAUAUAUUCAAAAUUGUAGGGUGUAAUAAUACUUUAUAUAAUAAUACUCUAUAAUAAUGCUCUAUAUACAUUAGAAUUUAAUCUAUGUUGUAUUAAAAUAUAACCCCGAACGUAUUAUAUUUUUACGUUUAAACACAACGAAACAUAUAUACAUUGCGUUAACUACUAAUAUAAAAUAUGAAUCUCUUACCAAAAACGCACGAAGAAUUCAGUCAUGCAGAUUAUUGGAACACAUUCUUCAAAAAACGUGGCAAAAAAGUGUUUGAAUGGUACGGUGAAUAUCCAGAAUUAUGCGAGAUACUUUUAAAAUAUGUCAAAAUAAAGGAUGAUAUUUUGAUUGUUGGUUGCGGAAAUUCUACACUGAGCAUGUCUCUGUACGAUGUUGGUUAUAGAAAUAUCAUUAAUAUCGAUAUAUCACAUAUCGUUAUCAAACAAAUGCGUGAUAUAAAUAAUAGUACAAGACCAGACUUGAUAUAUGAACAUAUGGAUGCCACGAAAAUGACGUAUACUGAUGAAAAAUUCAGUGUAAUUCUUGAUAAAGGUACAUUAGAUGCUUUAAUGCCAGAUGCCAAAGAGACAACUAUAUCUACAAUUGAUAAAUAUUUUAAAGAGAUCACGCGAGUGUUACGAAAUGGUGGCAGAUAUAUUUGUAUAUCAUUGCUACAGGAGCACAUCCUGCGAAAGCUCUUAUCUUACUUUCCUGCUUCGGGUUUCAUGUUCCGCAUAUCACGAUGCCACGAAGCUGAAUCGAAGGCACGUUUAGAGGAGGGCAGUUUGGUACCAAUUUUUGUGGUCAUCGCUACCAAGUUCACUAAAUUAUCCCAGACCGUUCUUGAAUUAGCUCUGGUCGAUGGUCCACCUGAACGAUUAUCUUCAACAGAUGAUAUGGUAUCCGCGAUAUUGUCCGCACAACAAUCGGCAUUGGUGUGCAGUAGUCUUUACAAGAGAAGCGUUGCCGAUGUAGGGGAAAUAUCGUUGGAUUUACAUCGUCCAGGUGACAAGCAUCCGCGAUAUACCGUUUAUAUUCUGGAUCAACCACGUAUACGCGGAGCAAAAACGUAUGCGGCGUUUAUCGUUCCACAGGGAAAAGAAAUGGACUGGUUGUUCAGUACCAAGGAAGGACGACAGCAAGUUCUAAAGAGCGCGCAACGUGAUAGACUCGCAAUAGUUACUUUACGCAGAGAACAUAAAUUCGAAAAUUGGGACGCUGUGAAAACCGAAUUAGAAGACUGCGUACGCAAUCUAGCACCGGCCGGCUUGUGUGGUAAAAAUGAUAUUCCCUUUUUGUCAUUGGGUUCCGACGUUGGAGCUCGAACUACUUGUUACGAAGGGAAGAGUGACAUUAGUGGGCCAUUCGUUGUCGAAGAAGUGGAGAAGGAUGGUCACGAAUUCAGACGUCUUGUAUUCCUGAACAAUCCAUAUGUUAUUCAAAGUGAGGCUAGACUGAAAGAAGCAAAGUCUAGACGUGGUAAAACGAAAAAAAUUGCCGAUCCUGGAUUUCUAGCUUGUGAACAUCACAUUCAUAUGAGCGCUGGCGUAAAUGCAGUGAUAGAUAUAAAAGAACAGCAGGAAAUUAUGAUUAUAGGACUUGGGGGUGGUGGUCUUUGCAUGUUCUUACAUCAUUGUUUCCCCAAAUUAAAAAUUACUGCAGUUGAAAUCGACAAUGCGAUGCUGAAAAUGGCCACCGAAUAUUUCAGUCUUAUUCUUGAUGACAGGAUGAAAGUAGAAAUCGCGGAUGGAAUCCGAUUUAUUAAAGAUGCCGCAGCAUGUGAAAAAAAAUAUAAAGCAAUACUCUUUGAUAUUGAUAGUAAAGAUACUACUGUCGGAAUGAGUUGUCCGCCUAAACAAUUUCUUGAACUAUCAGUACUGAAAGCAGUUGCAACAUGCUUAACGAAGGACGGUCUUUUUAUCUUGAAUCUGGUCAGCAGAGAUAAGAAUUUAAAACAGAAAGCAAAGGAUGACCUAAACUCGAUAUUUCAAUCGCUCGCCUGUUACGCCAUUCAAGAUGAAGUAAACGAGAUCGUUAUGUGCUCUAUAGAGAAACAUGAUUCGAAAGAAUGGAGAAACAAACUUAAACUCGCCGCUAUGAGCUUAAAUAAGCAAGCGGCUGCGAGAAAGUUAUCCUCUUUCAAGGAAGCAUUUAAUAUCUCUACACUUUUAGAAAGCUUAUCAAUGGAAUCCUAAUCAUUUUAUAUAAAUAUAUUUUCCUUAUAAUGAAUAAAAUUAAAAAUACGAUUUCGUUUAAUACUUUAAAUUAUAUAUAUCUUUCAAAUUUUUAUAUAUCACCUAUUUAUAUAUUUUUUAGCACACUUAUCCUAUUUUAAUAUAUUCUCUAUGUACAAUUCAUUAAAGUAAUUUUAUUUAGAUAUAUUCACACACACAUAGAAUGUCGGCAUUUAAAUCAUAAGUUAAUUCAUUCUUUUCAUAGCAAAACUUCUAUGAUCUUUUCGAUGCAUAGUGUUUAAAGAUUAUUUCUAAACAACAUAUUAAUUGGCAUAAGUUAAGGAAAAGUCAUUGUACAUAGUUGUACAUAUAAUGUAUAUACAACGAAUUUUUUGGCAACUUUAUUCUUCCACUAAUUCAUUAUACGCAAUGUGCAUUACUUUCGUAUUUACAGACAUACAGUUUAAUUACAAGCAAUUAAAAUUCAGGCGCAUGAGUAAUAGUCAUAAUAAUUGACUAAACAUUCAACAAUAGGCAAACAAUCUUAUGUAUAUAUUAUUCUUUUCCGCACACACACACACACACACACACACACACAUACAUACAUACAUAUAUCUUCUCCAUCUUUCAUACGUAUCUUUUUCCAUAAUAUAUAAUAAAUCAUCUGAUACUUUAAAUAUUCAUUUUAAUAUAUUAGAAAUUUAUGCUAAAAUACAGAAACGUGUAUAUAGCACAUAAAUAUUUAAAAGAGUAUAAAUAAAAAGAAAUAUUCAUGAAUUUUUUUUGUACAUAACACAUUGUGAUAUACAUAUAAAAGAUGUAUUUAUCACAUACAAUUAAAAGGUCUAAAUUUAAUAAAAUUUAUUUAUCCUUUUUUCAUGUAUCGGUUGCGAUAAAUGAAUUAAUGAUGAAAAUAUGUGUAGAUGCGAAAAAUAUUAAACUGAAUGAGUAUUCUUUUCAAUGCAUCAAUAGUAUUAUUUAGUAUCUUUAUUGUUUCAUAUAUGACAGUUUUACAAAUGAUGGAAAUAAAGUUUAAUGCACAUUUUCUGUCUUUCUACAAUAUCAAAAUUUUUAGAAAGAUAGAGAAUCACACACAGUUAACUUUCAUUUUUUAAUUUUUAUAUAUAUAUAUAUGUAUUUAUAUAUAUAGGAACAAGUCCAUAAUAAUAUAAUUACAUAUGUGUACCGCAAUAUUGAUUUUACUUGCUCUACAAUAUAUUUACACAUUUUCUUAUAUACGCUUAUCUAGAAAUCCGCUCGAACGUCUGUGGCAUCCAAUUUUUAAUCAUUCAUACAUUAAUAAAAGAGUUGAAACAUCGCAUAUUACACCACGGGUUUUCUUUCUGAAGAAAACUAAUAUCUUAUUAGGAUAUAACUGAUAGAACACUUCGCAUUUAUAGACUAGC